AUACUAUUACCUGGUUGAAUAUAACUCGAGACUCGCCACGCGCUCUCGCCGCGGUGUCGGAGCGGCCUUCUUUCCAAACGGGCCCCAGUCAUCCAGAAUGUCUCUGUGCGAAUGGUACGCGAAUCGCGCGGUGCUCCUUACGGGAGUCACCAGCGAAUUGGGACGUGUUCUUCUGGAGAAGAUCCUGCGAUGCUUGCCGAACGUCACAGUGUGCGUCCUUCUCAGAUCCCGGGACGGGCUCAGCAUCGAGGACCGGUUGAAGAAGAUAUUCGCGUCGCCCGGGUACGAGCGACUGAGGCAGGAGGUGCCCGGCGCGAUUUCGCGCGUGAAAACAUUCGAGGGCAAUCUGCUUUACGAGGAUCUCGGCCUAAGCAACAAAGACAGAGCCUCGUUGAAGGAGGUUAGCGUGGUCUUUCAUGCUGGCGGACCUCACGACUGCGUCCUGGAAUACUGUCAAGACUUACCGAAGCUGAAGAGCAUCGCCGUGGCAUCCAGCAUCUUCAGGCAUCGCGGCCAGAUAAGCGAGAAUUUGCAAAACGAGAAGAUUCCGGAGUUACCAGUUGCCCUAGUGCGGUUCCCCUUUGUCGGACCGGCUUACAAAGAACCUAAGCCCGGCUUUGUCGAGAUUCUUAAAGGACCCACGGCCCUUAUGGUUGGCGCGGGUUUUGCAUACGGCAAUUCGGCGUUUCAAGCUGAAAUUAUUCCAAUGGAUAUAGCGGUGAAUACGAUGAUAGCGGCUGCGUGGGAAAUGGGCAUGUCAAAUGCUGAGAAACCGGUGGCCUACAACGCGGUAACGCUGGGCUGCACGUGGGAUGAGCUGAUUAAGAAUAAUCGACGGGCCAGCUGGACCUUUCCCUAUCCGACUUUUGGAAUCCGCGGCAUGACGUCCAUCGGGCCGUUGCACUGGAUUUUGGUGCUGCUCCUCGAAUGGCUACCAUCCGUACUCUGCGACAUAGCGCUCACUCUAUGCGGGAGAAAACAGAGGGUUCUCGCAGAGUACGAGAGAGUUCGUAAUGCACUUCGAUCCCUGAAGCCAAUUUCAUCGAGACCGUGGUCAGUGGACAGAAAUCGCGUGUACCUGCUACAGCAACGUCUUGCGGCGGCAGAUCGAGAUGUAUUUCCGGUCACCGCAGAAGUCGACAUCGAGGCUUAUCUUCUCUGCGCCGCAGCCACCACCCAGAAGUCCUGCGUGAACGAGGACAAUCUCAAAAUCAUUAGGAUUAUUCAUCUGUUCUUGUUAUGCGUGCCCGUAAUAUUCGUCGUCGCAUACAUUGCAUCACGUACGUUGCUGUCACAUGAAUGAUAUAUUUAAAUAUUUACAUAAAUCAUUUUAAGAUUUUUAUGUAUACUUUUAUAAUAUAUAUAUAGAAUGUCUGACAGGUUUUUAGUUUAUAAGAAUUUCUAAUGAGAAGAACGUGACGUCUAUGGAACUUCUUUAUUCUCUGAUCAAAAGUAUAUAUAUAUAUAUAUAUGUAUGUUAAAUAUAAGGGAAAUAUUUAUAAUAGAUUACUGAUAUUAAUAACCACGUUUGCAUACACAAUUACCUAUAUACUUACUGCGCAGUUUAAAAUUACAGUUAGAUAAAAAAUUUG